GCUGCUGGCGUGGAUCAAUGUGUGACUUCCCUGACUGACAUGCUGGAUGUGUAACUCUCCCACAAAGACAAGUGCCACGGUCACGACCAUGGGAUCACGCGCCGGCACGCCACUUUACGCAUACGCCUGCGUCUAUUUAUUGGUCGCCACCCUCCAAGGGGCGCGAUGUCAGCGCCACCCCGGGACUAACAAGCCCAAAGCCGCCCAGCUCCGGCAGACUCUGCAGUGGUCGCACAACGGCAACGUCUUCAGCAUCCUGACGCAGGGCGCGGAGUACCAGCCGCCCAGGCGCCGGGGCGCGCCCCAGGAGCGCGUCCAGCCGCGCCCGCUCACCGUCAUCCACGACAACACCCGCCAGGAGCAGGAGCAGGAGGAGUCACCUGCCGCUCCCGGGCCGGCCUCCGAGACGCUGCCGUCGGCGCUGCAGCGGCUGGUGCGCGGGCGAGAGCACCGCAAAGUCCAGGUGGAGGCGGAACAGAGCCGGCAGAUAAAUGACACCCGGGAGAAAGUCACCGUCAGCCCGCCUGUGCCCAGGGAGGACAUGAUGAUGGGCGACGACCCCUACGACCCGUCCAAGUCCAUAGACAGCGACAACCCGUACUACAACCACUAUGACGCGUACGAGAGGCCCAGGUCCAGGUCCAGACCCGGAUAUGGCACAAGGUACCAUCAGUACGGUCUUCCUGACCUGGUGCUUGACCCUUACUACAUUCAGACGGCCGCUUACGUCCAGAGCAUGUCGAUGUACAACCUGAGAUGUGCGGCCGAGGAGAACUGCCUGUCGAGCUCAGCCCACUCGGCCCGGGACUACGACAGCCGCAUGCUGCUGCGCUUCCCCCAGAGAGUGAAGAACCAGGGCACGGCCGACUUCCUCCCCACCAGGCCGCGCUACGCCUGGGAGUGGCACAGCUGUCACCAGUGGGUAUAUGAACACACCGCAUACACUAUUUUAGAUGUCAUACAGACUACCGCGGGCGUCACGUGCACGUCCUCGAGCGAGAUCACACCGGCGUGGACGCACUUUGAUGGCGCAGCGUGGCGUGCGCGAGUGCAGCGCGGGAAGGUGACCGACGCCUCCAGACGCCACCUUCGUCCGCCCGGCUUCACCUUGGAGGAGCAGCGCGCGUGGAAGGUAUAG